GGGGCGUGGGGGAGAGGAAGAGGAGUGCGCCGGGCGCCCCGCGAGACUUUGGCCUUAGGGUUUGUAUUUUAAGUGACGUCCUGGAGGCCACCGCCGCAGCUGGCUGUGUAACGGACUUUAGCGCGUUUCCUUGCGAUUUCUAAACCGGGACCUGCCGGGGCCCAGCAGUCCCCGAGCCGCCGCCGCGCCGCCCACUGCCCUGUGCUGGGCGCGGGGACGGGGACGCUGUGCCCCCCCCUGCGGCGGGACUUGGCCUGGUUGAGAAAGCCCAGAGUCAGCUUGGCGUUUGGAGAUUUGCCUGACACAAUAUACUGCGUUUCUGAACCAGUGUGUAAACCUCAGUGGAGCACAGGCAGCGAUCAUCAUUACAAUACGAGAAGCUAACUUGCGAAAAGGAAUGGAGUCAAACGAAGAAAUGGCAAGAAGUCUUUUGAAGACAUCGUCUAUGUCUCUAGGGACAAAAUUGCUACAUCAGACGGGAAUAGCACUUUAUAAUACAUCUCAUGGCUUCCAUGAAGAAAAAGUAAAGAAAAUUCUUCAGGAGUUUCCUGGGGGAACCAUUGACCUUCAGAAGGAAGACAAUGGCAUUGGCAUUCUUACUCUGAACAAUCCAAAUAAAAGGAAUGCCUUCUCAGGUGUUAUGAUGCUACAGCUUUUGGAAAAAGUGAUUGAAUUGGAAAAUUGGACAGAAGGGAAAGGCCUCAUUGUUCGUGGGGCAAAAAAUACUUUCUGCUCAGGGUCUGAUCUGAAUGCUGUGAAAGCACUAGGAACUCCAGAGGAUGGAGUGGCCUUAUGUAUGUUCAUGCAAAACACCUUAACAAGACUGAUGAGACUUCCUUUAAUAAGUGUUGCACUAGUUCAAGGUUGGGCAUUGGGUGGAGGAGCAGAAUUUAUUACAGCAUGUGAUUUCAGAUUAAUGACUCCAGGGAGUGAGAUCAGAUUUGUUCACAAGGAGAUGGGUAUAAUACCAAGCUGGGGUGGCACUACCCGGCUGGCUGAAAUUAUCGGCCGUAGACAAGCUCUCAAAGUGUUAAGUGGGGCCCUCAAAAUGGAUUCAAAACAAGCUUUAAACCUAGGGAUGGUUGACGAGGUCUUGCAGUCUUCAGGUGAAACUGAAAGUCUAGGAGAGGCACUAGAGUGGCUAAAGCAGUUUACUGAAGGGCCAACAGAAGUAAUUAGAGCUUUGAAAAAAGCUGUUUCUUCAGGCAAAGAGCUUUCUUUCCAGGAAGCAUUACAGACCGAAAGAGAUCUUUUAGGGACACUUUGGGGUGGACCAGCAAAUCUGGAGGCUAUUACUAGGAAAGGAAAAUUCUGUAAGUAGGUAUUUUAAAUAUGAGGUACUGCAAUAAUUAAUGUGUAAGAGAGUUAAAUAUUAAAUAUGUCAGAAUUACUUCGAAGGGUACCACUGGUAUUUGGGUUUGUUUUUAAUAAUUUUUUGAGUACCUAAACUCAUUGGCAUAAUUUUCAGAAUACUCUAGUACCCCCUCGACUUGCAGAGGUUAGGUUCCGUGAUUCCCAGGGGAAGGCUGAAACUGAGGAUAGGAACAAACUCUCUGUAUACUAUUUUUUCCUUUAAUUACACACCUGUGAUAAAGCUUAAUUUAUAAAUUAGGCACAGUGAGAGAUUAACACUACUAUUAAGCAAUUAUACUUUAAUAAAAGUUCUGUGAAUGUGGUCUCUUUCAAAAUA